AUGGUGAUCAAAUCAUCUGCUCUAAGGCGCAAAUACAAGCCCCCAGUUUGCCCUCCUGUUUAUAUAGCAAUGUAUGCCUCUCCACAUAGUUCUCAUGGAACCAUCAAGACCACGGACCAACCAAACCAAAGUGCCCCAAGCCGUGACAUCCCGGCCGGCGGCUCUCAGGUCCCCGCCCUCCGCACGUCACGGCCGCCGGGUGCAGUGCCCCCUAGGGGUCCCUACGGACGAGGAGGAAGCGCCAGGUGGAGCCGGGCCUUCGGGGCAGCCGCCGGGGUAGUCGGAGAGGUCUCAGCGCUGGUUUCCAGCCCCGCCUCGCUGCGCGCACGGAGUCGCCGCGCAGCUAAGCUUGCAGAGUUCUCUGCGGACCCAGAGCGAACUGGUAGCCCUGGACCGGGCCUUUCCCGUCCCGGUCCCAGCCCCUGGGCCCCAGCCUUCCCCGCCCUCGCCGAGAGGGGCGCCCAGGUCUCGGGCCUUGCAGGAGAAGUCAUUGAGAAUUCAAAAGAAGUUCUAAGUUUAUUGCAAGAAAAAAACCCUGCCUUCAAGCCGGUUCUUGCAAUUAUCCAGGCAGGUGACGACAACUUGAUGCAGGAAAUCAACCAGAAUUUGGCUGAGGAGACUGGUCUGAACAUCACUCACAUUUGCCUCCCUCCAGAUAGCAGUGAAGCCGAGAUUAUAGAUGAAAUCUUAAAGAUUAAUGAAGAUACCAGAGUACAUGGCCUUGCCCUUCAGAUCUCUGAGAACUUGUUUAGCAAUAAAAUUCUGCAUGCAAAAAACCCUUCAGAAGAUGUGGAUGCUAUAACAGACAUAAACCUGGGGAAGCUGGUGCGAGGGGAUGCCCAUGAAUGUUUUGUUUCACCUGUUGCCAAAGCUGUAAUUGAACUUCUUGAAAAAUCAGGUGUCAACCUAGAUGGAAAGAAGAUUUUGGUAGUAGGGGCCCAUGGGUCUUUGGAAGCUGCUCUACAAUGCCUGUUCCAGAGAAAAGGGUCCAUGACAAUGAGUUCCCAGUGGAAAACACCCCAGCUUCAAAGGAAGCUUCACGAGGCUGACAUUGUGGUCCUAGGCUCACGUAAGCCAGAAGAGAUUCCCCUUACUUGGAUACAACCAGGAACUACUGUUCUCAACUGCUCCCAUGACUUCCUGUCAGGUAAAUGUCUUCACAUUGGUAUCCAGGAAUACUCAAGACCACACCAGGCCCACUUUGGGGGCAGCCCAAGCAGUGCCCGCAACAGGGCAGCCAGCAGCCCCGGGAUCCAGCAGGAGCCGGCCCAGAGUAGGUUCCUUUUUCCAGUUCGUAGAAGGACUGAGUCUAAGAAAGCCUUGGACCACACCCAGCCCCUCAGCAAGUCCCUGAAUGGCACAGUCCCUGUGAAGAAUAUGGUCAGUAGUGGAAGGAGAUGGCUUCGUGAACAGCAGCACAGGCGGUGGAGACUUCACUGCUUGAAACUUCAGCCUCUCUCCCCUGUGCCAAGUGACAUUGAGAUUUCAAGAGGACAAACUCCAAAAGCUGUGGAUGUCCUUGCCAAGGAGAUUGGAUUGCUUGCAGAUGAAAUUGAAAUCUAUGGCAAAAGCAAAGCCAAAGUACGUUUGUCCGUGCUAGAAAGGUUAAAGAAUCAAGCAGAUGGGAAAUACGUCUUAGUUGCUGGGAUUACACCCACCCCUCUUGGAGAAGGGAAGAGCACAGUUACCAUUGGGCUUGUGCAGGCGCUGACUGCACACCUGAAUGUCAACUCCUUUGCCUGUCUGAGGCAGCCUUCCCAAGGACCAACGUUUGGAGUGAAAGGAGGAGCUGCGGGUGGUGGAUACGCCCAGGUCAUCCCCAUGGAGGAGUUCAACCUUCACUUGACUGGAGACAUCCACGCCAUCACUGCUGCCAAUAACUUGCUGGCUGCCGCCAUCGACACAAGGAUUCUUCAUGAAAACACACAAACAGAUAAGGCUCUGUAUAACCGACUGGUUCCUUUAGUGAAUGGUGUCAGAGAAUUUUCAGAAAUUCAACUUGCUCGGCUGAAAAAACUGGGAAUAAAUAAGACUGAUCCGAGCACACUGACAGAAGAGGAAGUGAGUAAAUUUGCCCGUCUCGACAUCAACCCAUCUACCAUCACGUGGCAGAGAGUACUGGAUACAAACGACCGAUUUCUACGAAAAAUAACCAUCGGGCAGGGAAACACAGAGAAGGGCUAUUUCCGGCAGGCGCAGUUUGACAUCGCAGUGGCCAGCGAGAUCAUGGCGGUGCUGGCCCUGACGGACAGCCUCGCGGACAUGAAGGCACGGCUGGGAAGGAUGGUGGUGGCCAGUGACAAAAGUGGGCAGCCUGUGACAGCAGAAGAUUUGGGGGUGACAGGUGCUUUGACAGUUUUGAUGAAAGAUGCAAUAAAACCAAACCUGAUGCAGACCCUGGAAGGGACACCUGUGUUCGUGCAUGCGGGCCCUUUUGCUAACAUUGCUCACGGCAACUCUUCAGUGUUGGCUGAUAAAAUUGCCCUGAAACUGGUUGGUGAAGAAGGAUUUGUAGUGACCGAAGCUGGCUUUGGUGCUGACAUCGGAAUGGAGAAAUUCUUCAACAUCAAGUGCCGAGCUUCCGGCUUGGUGCCCAACGUGGUUGUGUUGGUGGCAACGGUGCGAGCUCUGAAGAUGCAUGGAGGCGGGCCAAGUGUAACCGCCGGUGUUCCUCUUAAGAAAGAAUAUACAGAGGAGAACAUCCAGCUGGUGGCAGAUGGCUGCUGUAACCUCCAAAAGCAAAUUCAGAUCGCUCAGCUCUUUGGGGUUCCCGUUGUGGUGGCUCUGAAUGUCUUCAAGACUGACACCCGCGCUGAGAUUGACUUGGUGUGUGAGCUUGCAAAGCGGGCUGGUGCCUUUGAUGCAGUCCCCUGCUAUCACUGGUCGGUUGGUGGAAAGGGGUCGGUGGACUUGGCUCGGGCUGUGAGAGAGGCUGCGAGUAAAAGAAGCCAAUUCCAGUUCCUGUAUGAUGUUCAGCUUCCAGUUGUGGACAAGAUAAGAACCAUUGCCCAGGCUGUCUAUGGAGCCAAAGAUAUUGAACUCUCUCCUGAGGCACAAGCCAAAAUAGAUCGUUACACUAAACAGGGUUUUGGAAAUUUGCCCAUCUGCAUGGCAAAGACCCACCUUUCUCUGUCUCACGAACCUGACAAAAAAGGUGUGCCGAGGGACUUCAUCUUACCUAUCAGUGAUGUCCGGGCCAGCAUAGGCGCUGGGUUCAUUUACCCUUUGGUCGGAACGAUGAGCACCAUGCCAGGACUGCCCACCCGGCCCUGCUUUUAUGACAUAGAUCUUGAUACCGAAACAGAACAAGUUAAAGGCUUGUUCUAAGUGGACAAGGCUCUCACAGGACCCAAUGCAGACUCCUGAAACAGACUACUCUUUGCCUUUUUGCUGCAGUUGGAGAAGAAACUGAAUUUGAAAAAUGUCUGUUAUGCAAUGCUGGAGACACAGUGAAAUAGGCCAAAGAUUUCUUCUUGGUUCAAGAUGAAUUCUGUUCGCAGCGGAGUGUGGCAUUCAGCAAAAGGACCUCCACCAAGACCGAAAGAAACUAAUUUAUUUCUGUUUCUGUAGAGUUUACAUUAUUUCUACUGCUUACACUUUAGAAUGUUUAUUUUAUGGGGACUAAGGGAUUAAAAGAGUGUGAACUAAAAGGUAACAUUUUCCACUCUCAAGUUUUCUACUUUGUCUUUGAACUGAAAAUAAACAUGGAUCUAGAAAA